AUGUUAGUUACUAUGCUAAUUUUGGGUAUAAUAUUACCUAUUAUAAAUGCAUUGGAAGCAAAUAAGUUGAUGGACCAAAUUUCGUUCCUUAGGAAUUUUUCGGAUAUACAACACCAACAAGAAUAUUAUAAGCAACCACCAGUUCCCUCGAAAUUAUCAAGAUAUCCACUUAAAGAAGAAUUCAUAUCGCCUCCAUAUUAUCCUAGUCGUGAGUAA